GAAAUUUUAUGCGCGCAUCUUUUCUAAUCCCCAUCGUCUCCUCCACGAGCACCCCUUUCCCUCUAUUUCCCAAACCCUAAAUUCCCAAUUCCUCUAAUUUCAAAACCCUAACAGCCCUUCCCUCUCAUUUCUCCGGUGACCCCGCAUUCUGCAACUGCUAGAUUUCUCUUCCGAAUUCCAGGCGAAAAAACCCUAGCCAUGGCCUCCUACAAGGACGCAGACCCUUCCCUAGGGUUCCUAACCCGAAAGGACACUGAGGUCAAACUCCCACGACCCACUAGGGUUAAGAACAAAACCCCAGCCCCCGUCCAAAUCACUGCAGAGCAAAUUCUUCGGGAGGCACGUGAGCGUCAGGAGGCUGAAAUUCGACCUCCCAAACAGAAGAUAACUGAUCCCACUGAGCUUGCUGAUUACCGUCUCCGUAAGCGCAAAGAAUUCGAGGACCUAAUCCGGCGUGUGAGGUGGAAUGUCAGCGUCUGGAUCAAGUAUGCCCAGUGGGAGGAGUCCCAGAAGGACUUCAAGCGCGCUCGCUCGGUUUGGGAGCGUGCCCUUGAGGUCGAUUAUCGAAACCACACCCUGUGGCUCAAGUAUGCGGAGGUGGAGAUGAAGAACAAGUUCAUUAACCAUGCGAGAAAUGUGUGGGACCGUGCUGUUACGCUCUUGCCUAGAGUUGACCAGCUCUGGUACAAGUACAUUCACAUGGAAGAGAUUAUAGGGAAUGUUGCUGGUGCUCGACAGAUAUAUGAGAGGUGGAUGAAUUGGAUGCCGGACCAGCAAGGCUGGCUCUCCUUUAUCAAAUUUGAACUUCGCUAUAAUGAAGUGGAGCGUGCUAGAGCAAUUUUUGAGCGGUUUGUACAAUGUCAUCCAAAAGUUGGUGCUUGGAUUCGGUUUGCCAAGUUUGAGAUGAAGAAUGGUGAGGUUGCGAGGGCAAGAAAUGUAUAUGAGAGAGCAGUGGAGAUUCUAGCCGAUGAUGAGGAGGCUGAACAGUUAUUUGUGGCUUUCGCUGAAUUCGAAGAACGGUGCAAAGAAACUGAUCGAGCAAGGUGUAUUUAUAAGUUUGCACUUGAUCAUAUACCCAAAGGAAGGGCCGAUGACUUAUAUAAGAAGUUUGUGGGUUUCGAGAAGCAGUAUGGAGAUAGGCAAGGGAUUGAAGAUGCAAUUGUGGGAAAGAGGAGGUUUCAGUAUGAAGAUGAGGUUAGGAAGAACCCUCGUAAUUAUGAUGCGUGGUUUGAUUAUAUAAGGCUAGAAGAGAGUGCAGGGAAUAAGGAUAGAAUUAGAGAAGUUUACGAGCGAGCAAUUGCUAAUGUUCCUCCGGCUCCGGAGAAGCGAUAUUGGCAACGAUACAUUUAUUUAUGGAUUAACUAUGCACUCUACGAGGAGCUUGAUGCUGAAGACAUGGAACGUACUCGAGAUGUGUAUAGGGAGUGCCUUAAUCUGAUUCCUCACCAGAAAUUUUCAUUUGCAAAAAUAUGGCUUCUUGCUGCCCAGUUUGAGAUACGGCAGCUGAAUCUCAAGGGUGCACGACAGAUCCUUGGCAAUGCAAUAGGAAAGGCACCCAAAGAUAAGAUAUUUAAGAAGUAUAUUGAGAUUGAGCUGAACCUUGGGAAUAUGGAUCGAUGUCGGAAGUUGUACGAAAAGUAUCUGGAGUGGUCCCCAGAAAACUGUUAUGCGUGGACCAAGUAUGCAGAGUUAGAGCAAUCUUUAUGCGAGACAGAACGAACCAGGUCGCUUUUUGAACUUGCCAUUGCCCAGCCAUCACUUGACAUGCCUGAGUUGUUGUGGAAGGCAUUCAUUGACUUUGAAAUAUCGGAGGGUGAAUUUGAGAGAACUAGAGAACUUUACGAGAGACUCCUAGACCGGACAAAACACCUCAAGGUGUGGAUCAGUUAUGCGAAAUUUGAGGCAUCUGCUAUGGUGCAAGAUGGCGUGGAUUCAGAUAUGUCCGAAGAUCAAGCCCAGGAUUAUCUCCUUGAACAAAAGAAACAAUGUCUUCUGCGUGCCCGAAGGGUUUUUGAGAAAGCUGUUAACUAUUUUAGAACUUCAGCACCCGAGUUGAAGGAAGAAAGAGGUAUGUUGCUGGAAGAAUGGUUGAAUAUGGAGGCUAGCUUUGGAGACUUGGGUGAUGUUAGCUUAGUCCAAUCUAAGCUUCCAAAGAAACUGAAGAAGAGGAGGCCAAUAAUGACUGAAGACGGCCCUGCUGGGUAUGAGGAGUACAUUGAUUACAUGUUCCCAGAGGAAGCUCAGACGACAAAUCUCAAGAUAUUGGAAGCUGCCUACAAGUGGAAGAGGCAAAAGGUGUCUUCCGAUGAGGACUAGUAAGUUUUUGCAUUUUGUAGUUUCGUGUACUGUGUAAAUACAGAGAAAAAGCGUCGUACGCCGAUUGCUGAGCAAAAUGGUUGCUUGGCUGAUAAUCAUCUUGAUUUUGAGAAACCAUGCUUGAUGGUGAUAGAGAGAAUGUCUAACGAAACUCUUUUUACCGUACCAAAACUCUCGUACUAAUUACUGUACCAAACUUUCAGUUUGGCAAAAUUUAUUACCAUUACCGUACCAAACUUCGAUAUAUUGUCAAAUGGUUCGGUUGACAUGGUAUGACAAUGGUAAUUACCAUUUUGUUUUGGGACAAAAUCUGUUUUUGUUUUUUUAACCCAAUUCAAGGGCACACUUUAUUUUUGUA